UGUGGGAAAGCAAGGGUGGGGCUAGGGAGACCAGAUGGGGUGACUGCGUUGGCCCAUGUGGGACAGAAGUGACAAGUGCUAUGGAAAAAUUGAGUGGGAUGCUGAGCCUGUCGUUGCUGGGACUUGGGCCGGCGGCAGUGUCCCCGGGGCUGCUGCUGCUGUUGGUGGGGGCCUCCUGGCUCCUGGCCGGCGUCCUGACCUGGAGCCACAGCUUGUAUGAGACCCGCCGCCGCCUCUGGUGUUUCCCGCAGCCCCCGAAGCUGCACUGGUUUUGGGGUCACCUGGGCAUGGUAAAGAACAAUGAGGAAUACCUGAGGCAACUGGAGGAUCUGGGCCCCCACUUCCGUGAUGUUCAUCUCUGGUGGAUGGGGCCCUUCACCUUUCUGCGGUUCGUCCACCCUAAGUUUGUUGUGCCCCUGCUCCAGGCCCCAGCCUCCAUCAGGCCCAAGGACAAGUUUAUCUACAGCUUCCUGAAGCCCUGGUUGGGGGACAGACUUCUGCUGAGUGCUGGUGACAAGUGGAGAACCCACCGCCAUUUGCUGACACCUGCCUUCCACUUCAAAAUCUUGAAACCCUAUGUGAAGAUUUUCAACAAAAGUGCAGACACCAUGCAUGCCAAAUGGAAGCGCCUGGUGUCAGAGGGCAACACCCGCCUGGACAUGUUUGAACACAUCAGCCUCAUGACCCUGGACAGUCUGCAGAAAUGUGUCUUCAGUUUUGAAAGCAAUUGCCAGGAGAGCCCCAGCAAAUAUAUUGCUGCCAUCUUGGAGCUCAGUGACCUUGUGGUGAAACGGGAGCUGCACCUCUAUUUGCGCCCAGACUUCCUGUACUACCUCAGCCCUGAUGGGCGGCGCUUCCGCAGAGCCUGUGCCCUGGUGCACAGCUUCACAGAUGCCGUCAUCCAGGAACGGCGCUGCUCCCUCAUUGCUGAGGGUUCCCAUGACUCUCUCAAGGCCAAGGCUAAAGCCAAGACUUUGGACUUCAUUGACGUCUUGCCCUUUCUCCAGGAUGCAGAUGGGAAGGACCUGUCCCCUGAGGACAUCCGAGCAGAGGCUAACACCUUCAUGUUUGGGGGCCAUGACACCACAGCCAGUGGUCUGUCCUGGGCCCUGUACAACCUUGCGAAGCACCCAGAGUAUCAGGAGCGCUGCCGGCAGGAGGUGCAAGAGCUCCUGAGGGACCGUGAGCCUAAAGAGAUUGAAUGGGACGACCUGGCCCAGUUGCCCUUCCUGACCAUGUGCAUCAAGGAGAGUCUGCGGUUGCACCCCCCAGUCGCAGUCAUCUCCCGCUGCUGUACCCAGGACGUCGUGCUUCCAGAUGGCCGGGUCAUCCCCAAAGGUGUUACCUGCCUCAUUAGUAUUUUCGGGAUCCACCACAAUCCAUCCGUGUGGCCAGACCCUAAGGUAUACAAUCCUUUCCGCUUUGACCCCGAAAACAGCAAGGACAGGCCUUCCCUGGCUUUUAUUCCCUUCUCCGCGGGGCCCAGGAACUGCAUCGGGCAGACAUUCGCCCUGACCAAGGUGAAGGUGGCCCUGGCGCUGAAGCUGCUGUGCUUUCGGGUCCUGCCCGACAAGGAGGAGCCGCGCAGGAAGCCGGAGCUCAUCCUGCGCGCCGAGGGCGGACUUUGGCUGCGGGUGGAGCCGCUGAGCGCUGAGCGCGGGCCCCCAGUGACCCGCCUGUUCCUGGCUUGGAAUCCUCCCCGACUCUACACACCCCACCUGGAGGAUUCUCAGGACUGGAACUGUGUGGUCUCCUCUGCCCCAGCGACACUGACAGCCAGCAGGGGGCGCUUGGGACCUGCGGGACCGCAGUGGGUGGGUUGGCGAGGCGGGGUGGGGUGAGUGGAGGCUUGGGUGUGAGCACAAGACCCUGACAGCCUUUCCAGCGGGCCACAAUCUCCCAUGCUGAUUGCGGGUCCUCCCAGGCCCAAUGAGGGAUUUUAUCCUGUAGACGAUAGGGAGCCAGGGGAGGUGUUUCAGUGGGAGACUGGCCAGUGUUAAGGACUGACUGAGGGGCAUGAUUGAAGCUCUGGGUCACAGUGGAGAACCCAUAGUUCUCCCUAGCUCUCUGGCCACCCUGGCUUCUGUUCGUAUCUAAUAUGUCCAAACUUUUACCCCAGAAUCCUUCACUAUGCUUCUAUGGUUGCUGUAUUUACUUAAACAUAACAAAUACAGAUGCUUUAU